UCUCGCUCUCGCUCUCGUCCCUCCAAUUCUCUCUCUCUUUCUCUCUCUCGGUCUCGUCCUCCAACACCGUUCCUUCUCCUUCUACUCGUCUUUCAUAUCUCCCUUCUUCCUCGUAUUCGCGUUCGUGUUCGAUUCUUCGGCAGCCCACGAUGGCCCGCAUUGCUGGUGGAGUUAACGGGCGAUCCAGGAACAUCCUCUUUAGUUUCCCGUUAAUUGGUGGCCUCCUUUUGGGCUGAGUCGGGGGCGGUGACAAUUUCAUCUAGUGCAAUGUCCGUAAAGACGUUUCGUUUGGCUAUCUCGCACUGCUGCAAGUUCGUGAGUUUGCUGUCAAUCUUUCUUUGAUCAAUUACACAUGGAAUGAAAUAGCUUCUGAUUUGCACACUAGACGACAAAGACCCUAUAUUUACCCUUUGGGUCAUGUUUUAUUUCUGAAGAUAGUGCUGCUGACUUAGGUUAGAUGUGGUUUGUUUCUCAUAACGACAGCUGAGCAUAGUAGUUUUGAGUUCAAUUUGUGUGCUAAAUUUCAAAUUUUUGGUUUUGCUUCUGCUUUAUUAAUUAUGGAGCCUUGUCUUGUUAACCUCUCUACCAUUGCUGUUGAACUGAUUUAUUUUUCUCAUACAUUUUUUUGGAGCUUUCUGGACAAUGGAAUCAUUGCAUCAAUCAUCAGUGGACAGUUUGUUCGUUGUAAAUUUUUAUGGCUGGUCUGCAUAGGCUUGGUCAUGAUUGAUUUACUGUUUUAUCAUUUCUAGGAAUAUGGUAUUUGUGUGCUAGUAUGUAGAUGGUGUUUCUAAAAUACUGUACUGGCAUGUGAGGUGGUGGUAUCUUGCUUGGUCUGAGAUGAUUCAAGCUGGUUUGAGAUUUGAGAGUCUUAAACAGUUAAAUGAUGAACGAGGCACUUGUCUCAUUCUAGCAUGUGAGACUUGAUAGAAUGCAGCUUGAAAAGUUAACUGACAUCUAUUCCCCUUGUCUAGAGAUACAAUCACUUUCUGAAUGCAUUUGGAGAAAUAUGAGCUUUGAUCAAGAAUAGUGAAGGGUAUGAGAUCUAGAAGUUGAAGGGUGAAGGAAGAUCUAUGUCUCAUCGGAGCAUGCAAGAAUCAAUAUAAUAAUGCUUGUAAAGUGAAACAGAGUGAAUACAAAUAAGGAGGAGGAACUUAAGUGACAUUGAACCUCUGUUGUUAGCUUUAAGAAAUUACCAUUGCUUUUGAAAUGGAAUUUGGAGACAUGAACUUAUUCUAGAAAUACGAAUGACUUUCUUUUUUAACUCUACAGCUAAGCGGCCUAUGGAAAGGCAGAAUAUCUGACCAUUCACUCUUGUAAAUUGGUUUUCUUGCUACCUUUUCUGCAUACUUGUUCAACCUAUUGAAUAAUAUAUAAAAUAAAUUCCUUUUGAUCUUAUAGCAUGCAUUUCUUGUCAUCAAGAAAUGUAUUUCUUAUAUUUCUAUUUUUCCUUUAAACCAUAAUCUUUUGUCUUAGAAAUUUUUUUAUAAAGUGUUGCAUUUAUUUUCUAUAUUGCUAUUUUGUACCUUGUCCUUGUCAUCAAAGUUUGUGGAAUAUGAAUGCUUAGAUAUUUGAUUUAUACUUCUCCCCUCUGCAUAACUAAUAUGUAUUGAAAUUAAGGUAAUUCUAGAAUCAUGGAUUUGAUUUUUUCAAUCAACCACAUUAUAUUAUUUGUUCCAGGCUAGUUAAUUUAUCAGUUCUAAGAAUAAUCACUAGUAAACAAAAUGUUGAUAAUUGAAUGGUUAAUGGUAUAAGAAACUCUUGUGGCAUGUUAGAUUUGGAUAUUUUAGAGUAAGUUAACUCGACAGAUUCGACACUAGUUGCUAGUUGGAUAAUGUUGGUUUAUAAGAUUAAGUGUUGGAUAUUUGAACGAAGUUAGGGGAGAAGUUAUCACAUUAAGAUCAUUUUAUUAUGUCAAACAUAUGCUCAUGCCACUUUUUGUCUCAAACACGUAUGCAACAUGCACUAUAUCAUUUACAUCUUUUCAGAAUAUGCAUCCAAUAAGGUUAUCAUUCUUUUGAAAAUGUCAAAUCACAAAUCAUCCAGUAGGUUUAUCUUUGGCCAUAUCAGAGCCGGUUAGAACUUGGCUAAUUGAUUGAUUUUAAUUUGGAUUUUGGAUAUCAAGUCUCAUCUUCAAAAAAGUAUACCUGGCAUAUGAGGCUCCCGCCAAUUUGGCGAGGGUCAAUGUACACAACCUUAUCUUUAUAUCUAAAGAAACUGUUUUAAGAGUUGAAACCUGGUCUCUUAGGUCACAAAUGAGCAAGUAACAAGUUCCAUCAACAGUCAAGUAACAAAUCCCAUAUACAGAGAGAAAUUUUGACCCUUGCAUUUGACAAAAAUGGUAUCCAGUUGAAUCAUAUGGACAAGAGUGAUAAACAUUAAGAUAAUAUCAAUUUGUUUCAUGUUUUAAAUGUUGACUCAUAUGUGAUUUUUUGGGGUGUCACUGGAGUGGCUCCAAUCCUUGUCAUGAACUCAAGAUUCUACUGUGUUUCUUCUGCUCAAUUUUUCUCCUAGUGCUACUUGUUUCUUUACUGGCUUCUUACUAGCAAAAUUUUACUUGUAGGACAAAUGAUUUAGGAUGUGAAAAUUCAAAAAAAAAAAAAUUAAGUACAUGUAUUUACAACACUUCAUGCAUCAUGUUUUGAAUGUAUACUACUGGUUGCCCAAGGAAUAUGACUGGUCACAACCAAAGUGCCACUGGUGCAACCCAGGCCUAACUUUGGUUUAGGUUGAGUUGCAACGGAUUUGAGUUUCUGUCAAAUGCCAUGAUUAUUUCAUGUGUUUUCUUUUUUGCUGUUGAAAACAAAAGUACCAACUGUAGCUUCUUAGACUCUUUUUCCUGACUCAACCAAACUUUCAGCGGGUCUCGUGUACAUAAGUUAUCCGGUUGACAUACUUCCCUGUCUAUUGUUAGUUAUUGUCAAAACUCGUCAUAGACAAUACUGUUUCAAGAACAAUUGAAGUUGCAAUAUGAGACCUGUAGCUGUGAGAUCAACCAACUGCCAUGUGUGGCUUCAGUUGGUAUCUGUCCAUGAAUGCAACUUGCUAUCUGAUGCUGUUAAGUUAUGCUGUAUUGGGAGGAUACAUGAUGCUUAAUUAUAUCUCUGUUUAUAAAAGUUUGUCCCACUUAUCUUGGCCCACAAUGUGAUAAUGACAAAGAAAAAAUGGUGUUCAGUCAAUUUAACAAUGAACCUGCUUUCAGUCUUGAUGUUUGCAAAUACAAUUGCAACUUUUGCAUAUGUGACAAAAGACCAAUUUAUGCCCAUUCAUCAUUUGGGGCAUGUCCAUCUCCCUCAGAUUUUACUUUGGUGGAUGGGACUUCUAAGUUCUACCAGUCUUAGUUGAUGCUGUAGAGUCCAAAAUUUUUUUGAUCCAAUUCCUCUAGAUUGAACUUGGGUCUUAGUUUGAGGCUUGUUUUGUACAAUGAACUGGUUUGAACUUGGUUUGAGGCUUAGUUUGAGGCUUAUCCAAUUCCUCUACCAGACUUCUAAGGUGCCUUUGUGCUGGUUCCUUAUAUUAUGGUGUGUCCUUCAGUUCAGACCACAUGGAUCUAUGUAUUGACAAACUAACUUGAAUUGGUCAUAAAUUUUCAUGAGCAACAUUUUUAGUUAUUUCAAGCAACAAUUUACUUCAAUAGCCAAAAGCAUGCAUGUUGCUUCUAAACAUGCUCCCUUAAAUAUCUGCAAGGCAGGAGAAUACUAUUUAGAUUAAGACUAAAACAUUACUCCAUCAUGAAUUCCUUAAUUUUUAGCUCCUUAGACCUAGAAAUGGUUCCGCCUUAGUAAGAAGAUGAUAUAUGUUCUCCAAUUUCUUUUCUUGUGGUUGCACCAUAUAUGAGAGAUUUUGACAAGCAGUUUGCCUAAAUAUUGAUUUGUGGAGAUAACAACUGUAAUACUUGAGUAUCAAACUGAGACAGCUAAUCUUAAGAGACAAGGUUGGUGAUUGAGUUUGACUUGGCUUUACAUCAUUUUCACACACUUGGCUCUUUACAAUGCUUAUUGAUCAUUCCCCAUAUCAGGUUCUCCCUCUAUACAGACAUAUGUAAUAUUUAUGCAUAUAGUUACAUGUAUAGCGCAAGUCUUGGCAACAUGAUUAGGUUGCUCCCUUGCGACUUGAGUAAUCAUGAUUGGAGUUACAGAUAAAACCUAUUUAGCUGUGGAGAAGGGCUAUUGUGCCUCCUUAUAUAACUGUAUCAGUAUGUUUGCUUUUAUAUGUAUAAAUUUGUUUUGUACAAUAUUAAAACUUUGUAGUAAAAUCUCUUAAAGGUAUUCACUGUUCUAUUGCAUUAUAAUGAUUUACAAAUUCAUUGAAACCUGAUGAGUAUUGGUUGCCCUGCAUUUGAAGAUGUUCAGACCAUGAUUUACUACUUUUCAUACUAUAGCUCUGCACUUUAUUUUUCCUCAUGUAACUAAUUCCUUUUUUUUCCUAGUGGGACAGGGAUGCCAUAUCUGUGGUUAAAAUCUUAAUAUAACUUCCUUCUGUACCUCUCUAUCCAAUGUAUGUCUUAAUAUGCUCAUCCUUUAAAAUAAUACCAGAAGUCUUUGACACAAGUUCGACAAACUUAGUGAUUUUUUGUCAGUCUGACAAUGGUUGUUUAAUGCUGUUGCUAAGUUCCUAGUGAAGGCCAUUGUUGGAAACAGAGGGACUAACAUGAAUUCUUAAAAGAUUAUUUGGUGGGUGAAAGUUUUUGCAUUAUUUCUUUGCUUCUGAAGCUUGACUUGGAAGAAAUCCUCAGAAAUUGGCAAACCCUUUUUAGGUAUUUGUAUUAUAGACACAUAUAAAAAGUGAUUCAUAGGGAUAUCUGGUUAUUGUGUGCAUGUUGAACUUCUUGAUGGCAAAAGCUAUUUUCAGGGCCUCUCCUGUCUGCAGAUUGAGUUGAUGCUGUUUGUGGCCUUAACUUUGGCUACUGACUGCUGCUUACUCACUGCUGCAUUAUGAAAUUAAUUUCUCAUUAUUUACACAUUUCAUUUUUUUCUGCUUGCUACACUUCAGUUUAUUUUGGGUGAGGAACUGUCUUCACCAAUAGUUCAAUAGAAUGAUAGAUAAGUUCAGCAAACACAGAUUGGUCAGCGGUAGGAGUGCGAUGCCAGCAGGAGACAAGAAACAAACAGUCUCAGUGAAGAAAGUUGCUCUGAGAGAGUUGUCAAAUGAAUCCGGGAAUAUCAAUAACUGGCAACCGGAAAAUUUUAUUCUGAAAGAAAAGGGACAAGACCCGGAUUUGAUUAAGGUAUUUGUCCCUGAUUCUGCAAGAUUAGCUGGAUCCAAAAGGAAGCAAUCCGAUGGUCCAGCAAAUCCUUCCAGCUCUCAGGUGCCAGGCAAAAUUUGUUCACAUGGAAAUCUCGUCUAUGUUCGUAGAAGGCUUGAAACAGAACAAGCCAAGACUGGCACUUCAGGCAAUGCUAAUAAAGAUGAAUCUUCUGAAUCAAGGAUGUCAGAAGGCGUUGUCACGGUGGAACCAAAUCCGGUUCUGAAUAAAAUCCAGGAACCUAAAGCUGCUACUUUCGGGGGACCGUCGGAUCUUAAUUCUUGUGAGAAGACCAACUCUGGGUUAGUAGUUUCAGAACCACAUUACUCAAGUGUUAUCAGUGAAACUCCUGUAAUUGACGAUUCACUUAAAGUGAAUAAUCAAGAUCGGGGAGAAAGAUUCCUUCAGUUGCAGAUGUUCUUAAAGAGCUGCAAUCAAUCCGGCCAAGAGGAUUAUAUGCAAAUGCUCCGGUCCUUAUCUGCUGCUGGUCGAAGUAAGCAUGCUGUCGAGUUGGAGAAAAGAGCAAUACACCUCUUGUUGGAGGAAGGUAAAGAAUUACAUCGCAUGAAAGUUCUUAAUGUUUUGGACAAAGCCUCACAACAGGAUCAUGUGAUGCGACCAGCUCAUGCGUCAUCGUCUUUAUAAUCACAUUUUCAGAGAUGAGAACAAGGUAAAUAGUGUCAACUCAAAGAGUUAAACAUGUAAGCGAUGUGGAUCUUUGAUUUUGUAGUCUCGUGACAGUUAUCUUUGCGUGGAGUUGAGAACUCUUGUUUGAUCUGGAAAAGAGAUGCUCCCAUGUCAUCUAAAGAGCCUAUGUAACUUUGAUUUCAGUUUUUAGAUGUGUAUGAAACUAAUAAGAGUAACAUGGAAUUUUGCUUGGAAUUAGCAGCUGCUCUUCCUCUUGACUUGUGCGAAUUGGAUGAAUUUGAGCAGUA